AUGGUGGAAGAGAGAACAUUGUCACCAGAGACUACAGAGGAAGUAGAAAGAUUAGUGAGCCUAGCCCAGGGGUCGGGUGCACUCCCUCGGGUCACUUUCAACACUCCAGAGAAGCUCGAGGAAGAAUCAUGCCACAGAAAGCUGGCCAAAUUAACAACCAAGUAUAAUCGGAAAGAUCUUCAGAGGUGGCGAGACCUGGAAGAAUGGAUUGAUGCCCAGCUGCAGGAGCUGUAUCAGUACCAGUGUGAAUAUUACCAGGCUUAUCAAAGGCAGUGUGAAUAUUACCAGGCUUAUCAAAGGCAGUUCCAGGAGGAGACAGAAGCAACAGCUGCCCCAGAGCCUGAAAUUGACAUCGAAGAUCUUCUUGAAGUCUCUAAUGAGGAACAGAAAUCAAGACUACAGGAAAUUCUUCACAAGUGUUCCCGACCUACAGAGGACUUUGUUGCAGAACUGGUUGAUCGAUUGAGAGGUCUUAGGAAAAUUGCUAACCCGCAAAGGAAAUGA